AUGGUCUUCCCAAUUUUACCUUUUUUCGCUACUGGCAAGGACCUGAAAGGUCUAGUGGAAGCCAAGCCAUUCAUUGCAUUGAGUGGCCAAGCUUUACUUGACUUGGCACAAAUCGAAAUCAAAGAAGCUGCUGCUUUUGUUGAAGAGAAUACGGCUUUUAAGUUCGUAUGUGGUCUUUUGAAGUCUGACCAUCAAGUCAGCGACGACGACAUCAUAAGCUUCGUGAAUAGCGGCAUCGCAGUCUUAUUUGUUUCCGACGAAUCGGAAGCAAACCGCUUACAGGAGUUGGGAAUUCCAAAGGAAAGAGUAGCUCUGGACGUUGGAUCUGCUUACGCUAGCCGUUUUGAAGUUGUUCAAGAUUUUCAAAAAGACCAUAUCAUUGAUGCUGGUAGUCUGACAGAGGCCCAGAUGGCUCAGUCGUUACUCUCCACACUCAAGACUGAUCGUGCAGACAAGCUUUACACCACUUUAGUGGUAGAUACUUACGAGCGCUGUUUGGGUCUGGUGUACUCAUCCGAAGAAUCGGUCAAGUUGGCGAUUCAGAAACAAGUUGGUAUUUACUUUUCUCGGUCCAGAAAUGAAAUCUGGGAAAAAGGCCUCACGUCCGGCAACACACAGAAGCUGGUCAACAUCAGUCUUGACUGCGACGGCGAUGCUUUGAAGUUCGUUGUUGUGCAAGAAGGUAAAAAGUCUGAUUUCUGCCACUUGAACACCGCAUCCUGCUACGGUGAAUUCCAAAGUGGUUUAGUCGGUCUAGAACAGCUACUUCGCCAGAGAUUCGAAAAUGCGCCAGAAAAGUCUUAUACUCGCAGACUCUUCAAUGACCCCGAACUUUUGACUGCAAAAAUCAAGGAAGAGGCCGAGGAGCUUACUGAGGCGAACACUAAAAGUGAAGUUUCAUGGGAAGCUGCCGACCUAUUUUAUUUCGCUAUGGUAAAACUUGUCGCCAGUGGCGUUCCGCUUGAAGCCGUUGAGAGAAACUUGCACAUCAAGCAUCUCAAGGUCACCAGAAGAAAGGGUGAUGCCAAGCCAAAAUUUGUUAAGCAGGAAACUAAACCAGAACCAACUCAGGAAACGACACCUUCGCCAACAGGCGCCAUCAGCCUUGAAGUGGUAUCUGGCAAAGACAAAGCCGGUGUUGCGGCUGCUUUGGAAAGACCAAUUCAGAGAACUUCGGAAAUCAUGCAUCUAGUAAAUCCUAUCGUGGAGAAGGUAAAGUCUGAGGGAAACAAAGCUUUGAUUGAGUUAACUCACAAGUUCGACGGCGUGAAGCUUGAUAACCCCGUAUUGGAAGCUCCAUUCCCUGAGGAGUACCUCGAGGGCCUAACCCAAGAAAUGAGGGAAGCCUUAGACCUCUCCAUGGAGAAUGUCCGCAAGUUCCAUGACGCUCAAUUGCAAAAAGAAGUCUUGCAAGUCGAAACUCAGCCAGGUGUUUUGUGUUCUCGUUUCCCACGUCCUAUCGAGAAGGUCGGUCUCUACAUUCCAGGUGGUACUGCCGUUCUACCCAGCACGGCAUUGAUGUUGGGUGUUCCAGCUCGUGUUGCUCAAUGCAAAGAAAUCGUGUUUGCAUCGCCUCCACGUAAAUCCGAUGGCAGAGUGUCUCCAGAGGUUGUUUACGUGGCGCAAAAAGUUGGCGCUUCGAAGAUUGUGCUAGCGGGUGGGGCCCAAGCCGUCGCUGCGAUGGCCUACGGUACUGAAUCUAUCCCCAAAGUGGACAAAAUCUUGGGACCAGGAAACCAGUUUGUCACCGCUGCUAAGAUGUAUGUUCAAAACGAUACGCAAGCCUUGUGUUCCAUUGACAUGCCAGCUGGUCCAAGUGAAGUUUUAGUUGUUGCUGAUGAACACGCUGACGCUGAUUUUGUUGCAUCCGAUUUGCUUUCGCAAGCAGAACACGGGAUCGAUUCUCAAGUCAUCCUGGUUGGUGUCUCGUUGAGCGAAAAGAAGAUUGCCGAGAUUCAAAAGGCGCUUCACGAACAGGCCUUGCAGCUACCUCGUGUGGACAUCGUGCGUAAGUGCAUUGCCCACAGUUCGGCUAUUCUAUGUGACUCGUACGAAGAGGCGUUUGACAUGUCCAACGACUAUGCCCCAGAGCACUUGAUCUUGCAGAUACAGGAUGCUGCCAAAUACGUUCCUAUGGUGUUCAACGCAGGUAGUGUGUUUGUUGGUGCGUACACUCCUGAAUCGUGCGGUGAUUACUCUAGUGGAACCAACCACACUCUACCCACUUACGGGUACGCUAGACAAUAUAGCGGUGUCAACACCGGCACUUUCCAGAAGUUUAUCACUGCUCAAAGCGUUACGCCUGAGGGUCUUGAAAAUAUUGGUCGCGCUGUGAUGACGGUGGCCAAAGUGGAAGGUUUGGAUGCGCAUCGCAAUGCCAUCAAAAUCAGAAUGCAAAAACUGGGCCAACUGCCAGAGAAUUUCCAAUGA